CCUAAGGCCUAACCGCCUUAUACUUGUGGCCCAAGUAAACUCGCAAACUGAGAUCCGGUCCAAUUAUUCCUCUCACCGAAUGUAGUAGUACAAAAAGCCCACGCGGCGUCGCCUCCAGCUCAUCUCGCCGCCUCCACCAAAUCCCCCCCGCAAAUCUCGCCCUCCCCUUUCUUCCUCCUCUUCUCUCCUUUUCCCACCACCAACGGUCGUUUCCACCCGCACCCCCAUCUCGCCUCGUCGGCCAUGGCGGACAACGGUGGCCACGAGGAUGCUCCGCCGAACGGAGACCACCACCCACCGGCCAUCGUCGCGAACGGAGACGACCAGGAGCCGGCGGCGAACGGAGACGACCAGGCGGAGGCGGCGGCGAACGGAGGCGACCAGGCUGCGGCGGCGAACGACCAGGCUGCGGCGGAGAACGACCAAGCUGCGGCGGAGAACGACCAGGCUGCGGCGGAGAACGACCAAGCUGCGGCGGCAAACGGAGGGGAACACGAGGAGGCGAACAGGGACUUGCCGAAUGUAGCAGGGAUUCGUGCCCCGCGCGAACUGCGGCGCGUCGAGGUGGACGCGCUCCACCAGGUCCUCCUCCGCAUGCCGGCCGCCGAGGUGGCCCGCUGCAGCGGCGUCUGCAGGCGGCUGCGCGACCUCAUCGCCACGGACUCCUUCCGCCGCGGCCACCAGCGCCACCGCUCCCGCCACCCCAUGCCGCUCUUCUUCUACCGCCUCGACCACUGGGCCUUCCCCGACCGCGUCCGCGUCCACCUCCGCGCCGUCGACGUCGCCGCCCGCGAGACCCACCCGGUCAUCUGCUUCUCCCACGCCGACGCCGACCUCCGCAGCGCCGACCCGCGCGUGUUCACGAUCGAGGGCUCCUGCGACGGCAUCCUCCUCCUCUCCUACCACACCAGGCUCUACGCCUGCAACCCCUCCACGCGCCGGUGGCGCCGCCUCCCGCCGCUCCACGACGACCACGUCAUCGUCGGCUUCUACGGCCACGGCGCCAUCGACGAGAGGGAGUACAGGGUGCUGUACCACACGGCGCGCCCCGGCUGCCGCUACUGGGUCUUCUCCCUGAGCUUCUUCCCGGACCAGCCGCCGAGGGACAUCGGGCGCCCCGCCGACCUGGAGGCCGUCCGCGCCGUGCUCGCCGAGGGGAUCUCCCCUUCCUACGAGAUGCCGCCCGUCGCCAUCGCGCACAGGCUGCACUGGCGCGCGCAGGCGGCCAGCCUCAACGUGCUGGUGUUCGACACGGUCGCCGAGUCCUUCGGGUGGAUACCUCCCCCGAAUCAACAGGAAGGUAAUCAGAUGAUCCCGGUGGAGGGAGACCAGCUGCUUGAGAUCAACGGGAGGCUCGCCAUGACGCUCGUCUCGCAGACCACCGUGGAUGUCUGGGUUCUUCAGGAAGGGGAGGCUUGGGAACACCAUUACCAGAUCUCGCUGCCGGUGGAUCUGCUCAACGUUUUCGGUGGCUACGACGACGAAGGCUUCGUAUCCGCAGCAGUGUUCGCCGUGUCCCAGGAGAGGAAUGUGCUGGCACAGUGCCCGGCGAUGAUGCUCCAGUGCGACACCGAGGGGAACGUGCUCAUGUUUUACUCCCUCGCCGGCCACCUCACCGUCCUGUCCAGAUAUAUGCUCCAGGAAAGCCUUCUUGCGCAUGCGUUCCUUCCGAUGCGGCAGGAAGAUGCAAUCGACGGCGACCCGCCGUUCUUCCAAGGUCCGUAAUCUGCUAGAUAGCAACCAGGUUUUGCAAUCUGCUGAAUCUAUGCUUUAGAUGUGUGUUCAAGUUUCCGUAGAUGUAGAAGAAGCUUGAAAUUGCCUGUGGCAAUCAAUUCGACAGAAUUGGUUUGUUGCUGUUGCUAAGUCAUUUGGACAUUUUGUAUUUAGUAGCAAGCAUGCUGGUUGGGAUUCAUGUUGAUACAGAUGCUCUCUGUUAAUUUCUGAAUUUUCAGUUGGACUGAAAUACUGAAUGAAAAAGCUAACCACUGUUCACCACAAUAUAUAGUGUUGCAUCCUUUGUUGUUUGUCUUGUUUGUUUAUCAUAAUCUGCACAACAGCACAAGUACAUAGGCAGAAGCUACUAGUUAUUUCAGGCUUCUGCCAUGCUGACUGAGUUUACCAAUUAGUAUGAAAUGUAUGCUUCAUGAAAUUUGCAGUGAUUUAUCAGUUGCAUAGCACAUGAUACGUGUGCUUUGAAAAUUGUCAAGCCCAAGCUUUAGUUGUGUGUUCCAGGAAAGUAGUAUCAAAUUUUGAUUUGAUUAUUAGUCUGCACGUUCAAUGCCUGAAAUAUGUAAACCAAAGAAUUGA